AUGGUAGGGGAACAAGGUGGAAGAGAUGCAUUUAUAAUCAAAGGCUUUGACAACUGGAUCUUACAUAAGCAAACAGAAUUUGAGAAAAGUAAUUAUGAAAUUCGAUUACGUGCUACAAUCCGUAGUUGUAGAUUUUUUUUGAAAAAUGCAUUACCAUUUCGUGGACAUGAUGAUAGGGAAAAGUCUAAUAAUAAAGGACUUUUCAUUGAAUUGACUUCUCCCACAAUUCAAAAAGAUAUUGUCGAUUGCUUUUCAAAAGAGAUAAUCAAGUCUAUUUCUGAUGAAAUUGGUAAAGACGUGUUUGUUAUUUUAGUUGAUGAGUCUAGUCAUGUUUCCAAAAAAGAACAAAUGGCUAUAGUUUUGAGAUAUGUUGAUAGACAUGGCAUUGUAAAUGAAAGAUUUAUUGGAGUUGUUCACGUGUUGGAUACAUCUUCUUUGACUCUUAAAGCUGCCAUUGAUACUGUAUUUUCCAACAAUAACUUGAGUAUGGCUCAGGAGAGGGGACAAGGUUGUGAUGGAGCAAAUAAUAUGAGUGGUGCAUUCAACGGUUUGAAAUCUAUGAUUUUAAAUGAAAACAAUUAUGCACAUUAUAUACAUUGUUUUGCACACCAACUUCAAUUAGUGGUUGUGGCGGUUGUAAAGAAACAUGAUGGCGUUGAUGAAUUCUUUGAACAAUUAGCUUUGGUGGUUACUGUCGUUUAUGGGUCUUAUAUGAAAAUUCAAGAAUUUAUGGAUAGAUUUAGUGAAGUUGGCAUAGAGUUGACGGAGAACAUGGCGGCAUUGUGUCCUUGUGACUCAUUUUCUAGUUUUGAUAAAGCAAAGUUGUUAAAGCUAAGCGUGAUAUACAAAAACGAUUUUGAUGAUUCAGAAAGGCGCAACUUAAUGGACAAUUUGAUAUCUACUAUCACUCUUUGCUCCAUGAUGAGAGAUUUUUCAAAUUGA